AGCAGCUCGCCUAUGGUGAAAAUUCAGCUUUAUCUAAACGUUCUCAAGUCACUGCCUGGUUGAAAAUUGUAUGUUACUACCGAAUAUGAGUACUGAAGCAGUUUUUCUGAAACCACGUGCACCAUUCAAACUGGCUGCCUUCAACGUUCGCACACUUAUGCAGGUCGGACAACAGAUAGGGCUGGCUAUGUCUUUGGAAAGUCUUAAUAUUGAUGUGUGUUGUCUAUCCGAGACCCGUAUUCAAGACUCUGGUGAAGUACUACAAGUUCGCUCUCCAUCUGUCGCUUCAAAAAGCUUGUUUUAUGUGCGUUUAUCCGGGGACCCUGUGGCAUCUUCGUCUGGUCUUGCUGGCGUUGGUGUCGCACUAAGCGCAAGAGCUGAGGCAGCACUAGUCGACUGGAUCCCCAUUAACAGUCGGUUAUGUGCUGUUAGAUUAGAAAGUUCCAUCAAAGUGAGAAGAAAUCGGCGUGAGAAACGAUGUCUUUUCGUCAUCUCCGCCUAUGCCCCGACAGAUUGCAGCCCGGAUGCAAUCAAGGACGAGUUCUACCAUCAGCUAACUGUUCUUCUCCAGAAAGUGCGUUCGACAGAUAUUGUAGUACUAGCUGGAGACUUGAAUGCUCAGGUCGGGCGUCUAGGCACAAAAGAGAGUCGUUUAGGUGGCCGAUGGGGACUCGUUGGUCGCAGGACAGAUAACGGGGAACGUCUACUGCAACUAUGCACAGACCACAACCUGUUUCUGGCUAGCACUAACUUUCGGCACAGUCAUCGCCGAUGUGCCACCUGGCGUCCCCCUUCUGCAUCUCAAGCCUGGACUCAGAUUGAUCACAUCGCGAUCAGCUACCGCUGGCGCGGUUGUGUACAAGACUGCCGCUCCUUUUAGAGUACCUAUCUGGAAUCUGAUCAUGCUCUGGUCUGCGCCAAUCUUACCUUACUUUUCAGUGGCCAACGAAGUGACCGCCACCAAAGGAUUGAUGUUAGCAAGCUGGCUGCAACUUCUGUUGCUAGUAUGUACCGAACCGAGCUAGCUUCUAGGCUAACUACCAUUCCACCGAAAAGUAUAGAUGAGCAUUGGUUCCAAUUGCAUGACGCCAUGAAAAUGGCGGGUCAAGUCAGUUGUGGGUUUGCGAAACGUCCCGCUUACAAGCACUGGGUUUCUUCUGGUUCCUUACAACUGAUUGAAGCCCGUCGGUCUACUCCGGGUGACCGUGAGUUUGACCACAGACGAAGGAUGUUACGUAAUGAAAUCGGGCAAAGAUUGUGUAGGGACCGAGAAGCCUGGUGGUCGGAGCGUGCCAGUGAGUUGGAAGCAGCAGCUGCAUCUGGUAAUUACCGGAAGCUCUUCCAACUCAUCCGAGCCACUGGCAGCAAGAAGUCUGGUGUGAGCGAAACAAUCUGCGAGGAUGACGGAACGCCAGUCACUAACAUCCAUCGACGUCUUGGACGAUGGGCAGAGUUCUUUGAAGGGCAGUUCAACUGGCCUGCUGCUCCGGCAACAUCGGUCAGACUGUCCUGCCCUCCAUGGCCGGUGACGACUGAUCCACCAAAUGAGGCGGAAGUCCGCAAGGAACUCCAACUCUUGAAACGUUACAAAUCACCGGGCCCAGACGACUUACCUCCGGCUCUUUUUAAAGAUGGUGGUGACUUUCUGACUAAGGGACUGACGACGUUGUUUACAAAGAUCUGGGAACUAGAGUGUGUACCAACGUCAUGGAAUGAGUCGAUAGUUGUCCCUAUCUUUAAAAAGGGUUCACGUUGUUCCUGUAACAACUAUCGGGGGAUAAGUCUACUUCCGAUUGCGUCCAAGCUAUUGGCUUCCGUCAUACUUCGUAGGUUGUUCAGAACCCGAGAAAGAUUGACUCGCGAGGAGCAGGCUGGG